AUGAGCAGUACGCAGCCUCCAUACUAUUCCUCCACCUUCGGUGAUCCCACUCAACACCCCAGCUCUUCUCAGCCGAUUGGCACUCAAGUCGGGGGCGUUGAUCCUAGCGAUCCUCGUACAGGACCUGCUCCACAUACCGCUGGCCCACACAAAUCCGACCUAGCCAACAAGCUCGAUCCUCGCGUGGAUAGCGACCUGAGCAAGGAGAAGAAGUCAAGUAACGCUGGCAUUGGUGGAGCUGGGGGCGCUAGCAACACCCAUACAGGAUCUGUUCAGAAGACGGCGGGUCCUCACACCUUGGACACUGGUAAUAAGCUUGACCCUCGUGUCGACAGCGAGAAGGACAACCAUGCCCGUCACGCAACAGGCACCAUGGCCAGUGAUGCCCGUACAGGGCCUGCUCCUAGAACUGCUGGACCCCAUGAGUCCGACAUGGGUAACAAGCUUGACCCACAUAUUGAUAGUGAUGUAGAUAACCGUGCGUCGGGGGCCAUGUCGAGCAAUACUCGUACUGGACAUGCUCAGAGAACUGCCGGUCCACACGAUUCUGAUAUGGGUAACAAGCUUGAUCCUCGUGUUGACAGCGACGUUGAUAACCGGGCCCGCCACGCACCAGGCACCAUAGCAAGCGAUGUUCGCACUGGCCCUGCUUCAAGGACUGCUGGUCCCCGCGAAUCUGACAUGGGCAACAAGCUUGACCCUCGCGUUGACAGCGAUAUCGACAACCGCGCUCAGUAUGUGCCACAAACCACUCACAGCCAUAACACCUCUCACCUGGCCGGUACUGGGGCUACUACUUCUAGCACUACUGGUCCCCACAGCUCAAAGGUUGGCAACAAGAUGGACCCUCGUGUUGACAGUGACCUCGACAACCGCGCUCAGUACGCCCCCGGCACUACAACGACGGGUAACGAGAAUCCUUACGCGACGCAUGAUACCUCGCUCAGCAGCGGCUCCAAUGCUGGUCCUCAUGAAUCUAAGAUGAUGAACAAGCUCGACCCUCGCGUGGACGCCCAAACAGGCGACGUGUCUUCCAAGACAACCAGCCAGCCCCAUUGCUCCCAGUUUGCGGGCAAUACUCAUUCUCAAUAUGGGACCAAUGCCACGGAGCCAUCUACUGGUGCCGGGUACGCGUCCAGCGGGGUAGGAUACCGACCGGCACAGUCAUCCGGCAGCGCACCUGGGUCAAAGUCUGCUCAGAAGGGUGUAGAUGUUGGUUCCGGUGUGAAGGGAGCUUUUGCUGGCGCUCACGGUAUGGGAGAAUCUCUCCGCGGUGGUCUAAAUGCGGCAGUAGAUAAGACGUUUGGUCACGAAGAGGGUGUCGCAAAGAACGAUGCUAUUGCCAGCCAAGGUGAACGAGAGAUGCGCACUGGAAACUUCGGCCGAGGAAAUGCUUACUGA